GUUCAGUUAUUACAUUCGCCCACGUCCAGGAUAUAUUCACAAUUCGGAAUAGCUGUGCAGCAAAAUAACCAAAAAAAAAAAAAAAAUAAGAAGUGUUCGCUAUGAAAUAUACAAUUGCUCUGUGCUUGGUGUUAGCCGCAGGCUGCAACGCCUUCUAUUCCACCCAGGAUGUUGACUUCCAGCCAUUCCUGACGCGCCAGCAAAAUGCGAUGCGUUUCUUGAUCUCUGCUCACGCUGUCAAUACCCAUGCCGAUUUGGUCAACACCUGUUUUGAUGAAUAUCUCUACAAUCAGCAAAAUGCCAUGUUUAACUACAACAAAUUUUACACCGGCUGCGUGAACACAGCUGAAUCGGAAAAAAAUGAUUUGACCGCCGAGAGUGCUGCGAUACGCCAGGACUUACUGUCUCGUAGCGAUAACAUGUGCGGUGUUCUCAGCAGCUGUGAUAAAUAUGUCGAUGGUCUCGAGUUCUUCGAUUGCUACCGCAAUGCGUCCACUGACAGCUACAAAAUAAUGUUCACACUGAACAGCGAUGCGAAUAUUCAGUUCAAUACGAUUUCCGCUAAGUACGAUAUCAUCAAUUUCGAUCUGAAAACAUGCGUGGAUACUGCUCGUCUGGAUUAUGCACGUGAACUUGAGAAAUGUGAUGCAGAUUUCAAUGCUUGUCUUAAUGGUGGUGCUGAGUCAAGUACUACUGAAGCUCCAAUCGUCACUACCGAGGCUCCAGUCGUCACUACCGAGGCUCCAGUUGUCACUACUGAGGCUCCUGUCGUCACUACUGAGGCUCCAGUCGUCACUACUGAGGCUCCAGUCGUCGUACCGAGGCUCCCUGUCGUCACUACUGAGGCUCCAGUCGUCACUACUGAGGCUCCAGUCGUCAGUACCGAGGCUCCUGUCGUCACUACUGAGGCUCCAGUCGUCACUACCGAGGCUCCAGUCGAUACGACCGAAGGUCCAGUCGUCACUACCGAGGCUCCAGUCGACACUACCGAGGCUCCAGUUGACACUACCGAGGCUCCAGUUGACACUACCGAGGCUCCAGUUGACACUACCGAGGCUCCAGUUGACACUACCGAGGCUCCAGUCGACACUACCGAGGCUCCAGUCGACACUACUGAGGUUCCAGUCGACACUACCGAGGCUCCAGAAUCCAUUGAUACUACAGAGGCCCAGGUAUUCACUACUGAAAAGAUGCCAGAAGAGGACAUCGAUAUGAUGUCGCUGACCUUCGGAAAGCUUAUGAAUAAGCUGAAGCGUGUUUUCUAAACUUGCGUCUGAUUGUAAAGCGAAAUUAGCAUAGUUCGUCAACGCAAGCAUAUAUAUGUAUAUAUAAAAAAAAAACCGUUGAAUUCAUAA